GAGAAUUUAGCCGAAGCCGCGUGUCGCGUCAUAAAACGAGGGGUUUCCGUUCCGUUCCUCCUCCUCUCCACCAUUCUCCCGGCGUUUCCCGAAGCCUCGUCCGACGCGCCGCACGCCCCGAGAUUUUGAAGGAAGAAAAAGAGGUUGAACCAUGGGGAAGAGAAAGUCAGCCGCUAAGCCACCCCCUAAGAAGCGGAUGGACAAGCUCGACACGGUCUUUUCCUGCCCAUUCUGCAAUCAUGGGAGCAGUGUUGAAUGCCGAAUUGAUAUGAAGAAUCUGAUUGGUGAGGCUAAUUGUCGAAUCUGCCAGGAAAGCUUCAGCACCACUGUAAAUGCGCUGACUGAGCCUAUUGAUAUAUACAGCGAAUGGAUCGAUGAGUGCGAGCGCGUCAACACUGUCGAAGAUGAUGAUGGUGCAUGAGCAUGUCUGGUUGCAAAACGAAAUGGUUACUACUAUGACUGUAAUGCGUUGGUGUUAUUGGCUGCCACCUUCAGCCAUGUCUGUAGUAGCGUUUUGAGGUCGUGCUGGCUGAUCGAACCGUUAGUAGGCAGUUCAUCUCGUGUUUUAAUAAACAAGUGAUGAUAUUGUGUACUUGUGUUUGAACCUUAAUAGUAGUGUUGCAUGUCCGAUGUGUAUGGAUCCAUCGUAUAUGAGACUGUAAGGUUCUCUACCAGUAUGUUAUCAUGGUUGAGAUUAGGACUAAUUUCAGUACCAGAUUAGAAGUAUUACUCAUGCUAUGUUGGUUGUUGCUUGUGGUUGUUAUGUUCAUGUA